AUGUCAAACACAAACUUGGAAGACGUUCUUUCUUCAUAUGACGACCUCUACUGUGUUCUGAAUCUAUCGCGCACGGCCUCUUCCGAGGAAAUAAAGAAGUCCUAUCGUAAACUUGCUUUAGAACACCAUCCCGACAAACACGUCAACUCGUCACCCGACGUUCGUGCCGAUGCGACGAAGAAAUUUCAGUCCAUUGUGUUCGCGUAUUCGAUAUUGAGUGACGAGAAGAAACGAGAUAGAUACGAUAAGACAGGAGAAACCGAUGGGUUAGAUUCGCUUGAUGGAUUAGAUGAAGAAGGUUGGACAGCAUAUUUUAAGGAAUUAUGGUCAGGCACUGUCAAUGCCAAGACCAUUGAAGAAUUUAAGAAUACAUAUCAAGGCUCCGAAGAAGAACGCAAAGACCUCGUAGAAUCUUAUACAAAACACAAGGGCGACAUGAACCUUAUUCUUUCCGACAUUCCUUGCUCAUCCACAUCUGACGAGCCACGCUUUAUUUCUAUUCUCCAAUCAGAAAUCUCAUCCAAAACGAUCCCUCUUCAUAAGAAAUUUACUACCACCACUACUGCCGCUGCGAGCAAACGGAGAAAAAAGGCUGCAGAGAAAGAAGCUAAAGAGGCAGAGAAGAUGGCAGAGGAGCUGGGUUUGGAUCGGAAAUUGUUGGGAAAUGAUGACGGCGAGGAGAAGUUAAAAGAGAUUAUGAUGAUGAGAGGAAAAAAGAGGAUGAACGAUUUAAUUGAAAGCCUGGAGAAAAAGUAUGAUGUGAAGAGAAAGAAAGGAAAAGGCAAAAAGACAUAG